ACCGGUUCAUGAUGAUUCAAGGUAUACACUCAGAAAGACAGGAAGUGAGCUCCUCAAGUCCCUUCCAACCAUCUGAGUUGAACCAAAUCUUACAGAAGAUUUAUCCUAGGAAUUGAUGGCGUAAUAAUGCAUACCAAGAGGUCCGUCUAGGCCGGGAUUAACGGAAGGAGGGGGGCCCGGUUUAGGUUCAAGUCUAAUGGCAUUUAAAAGGUUCUUUAUCUAUUAUUGCAUAUUUUAGUUUGGUGGAUGAAACUACCGAAAAAAAGAGUCUUGAUUGUGUUUUGUUUCUCAGUGUUUGUAUUGUCUGGUCGUCCUUCACCGCGCAUUCAACUUUUCAGUGUUGAACCUUCGUGACUUUCACAGCAGUGUACGGGUAACAUCGGCUUCUUUUUUUCCCACACCAAUUUUGAAUGAAAUGACUAAUACCAAAUAUGUUGACGUCACCACCGAGUUUUUCGAUGCUGUGAAGCAAAUGGAGCCAGGCAAAGUUAAUGUGAUCUCGUCCUUUGAUAUGCUAGAAGGUGCGCGUGCGUUAGAAAUGGGGAAUCCUAGGCUUGACACAGGCCUCCUUGAGCUAAGUCAAGAGGAGAUCAGGUUUGAUGCAAGUGGGGGCCAAACACUUCCGACAGUUGUGUCGAUUAUGAACAAACUUUUCAUUCUUUAUAUGAGCUGGUUAAGCGGACUGUCACUUCUGGUGACUGUUCUUAGUUGCCGUUACAUGCUUGAUUUUCUUCAGAGCUUUCGUACAAAUGGUCAGCUUCAAAAGGCAAGAUUCACCAAUCCCCGGCUACAUCCCGCGGAUUACGAACCUGCGAGUAACACGAAUUCCCAGCUUGUCAACAUUGUUCUUCGUGCAUUUGUCAUUGGUCUCUGUAAAACCAUUGGGUUUUCUUUGAACGUCGCAAAAAAUGUGCUAUACGACGAGGAAGACAUCGUUACUAGAUCUAUGAACGUUGAUUUCCUUAGUCUGGUUUCGCUUCGAAUUGCCUCUGCAGAGAUCGAGGAGGCAGAAAUCUGGCUCCAACAACAAACCCAAUUGAAGAAUGAGAGGGCCUUUGCUAUUGCAGUCAAUCAGCUAAAGUUAAUCAAAACUUUAGUGCAAUUGGAAAAUGUUUUGAGAAUAGAUGUUCAAUUGUUUAUGGAACCCAAGUCCUGGGGGUUCCCACCCACAGCUUCAUCUCUCCAAGUCAUAAAGCUGUUUGAAGCAGAAUGCUUCGAAGAUUACCCUUUGGCAGCCUUUUCCAGACUUGUUCAACUCGAUUGUGACAAUAAGCACCUUCCGUCCAAAAAUGUUGAAAUCACUCAAAUGGAGGCCUACCGUGGUUUGGCAAAUUUUAUUUCCUCGAUUGAUGAAAUGAUCAAAAAUUUCACACUCAUGAAAAAUGUCUCACAACUUCAAACGUACUUGAGACACAACAUUGGCUUUGACUUAGCAAAGGGCGCCAAUGCUCUCACUAGAGGUAUUUUCCAGCUUUAUUUUAUUCGUGAUGACAGAUCGAUUGCUGGUCUGAAUGAAGAUUUGGGUUCAAUAACUACUAUGCUCCUUCAAACAAUAUCUCUAUGCGGAAAUUCCAUCAUGGACCCUACCCAAUGGAACAUAAAGAACUCAAAAAAUGUGGAGAACACAAAAGCCGCGUGUUUAAACAAAAUGGCCGAACUUUUAAAUGAUUUAGAAGCAGCAAGUCUUCACAAAUUAGGUGCAUAUGGAAACAAUAGAUGCCGCCAACGCCAAGUCAACAAUAAAAAUAUUCUAUUGUGGGACUCUUUACAUUUCAACGCCGAGACCAUCGAGACGGAAUUGUUCAGUUAUGGAAUUGGGGACAGACUUUCGCCAGCUUGUUCUGAUCAACCUGCCUAUGGUAUAAGUUCAUAUAUCUUUCUUGAGAAGCUUGAUACGAUGAUUGAUGUUGCCCUCAGUGGCUUUGAACAGGACCUUUACAAGCUGCACGAAUCCUCAGUCAUGUAUUGGUUUGUCUCCAAUUUGUGCUUUCAAGCUCAUGAGCUCAUCACAAAGAGAAUCAUCAAGAUUAAUGAUGGGAAGCUAUUGUCUAUUCAAGCCUUACCCAAAAAAAUAAAAGGGACCAAGGCUGGACCAAAAAAAGAGGCAUUGAGAAUGGAAUACUCUCGCAUGAAGGAGCAUUCUGUACCGAUACUCACAGAUAAUGUCUUAUUCCAUCAGAAGUUUUCUGCCUUGAGCCACCUAUCCAUGUACCAUUUGACAAAGGGGAUAUCAUCAGCAAUUGAAAUUAUGACUAUAACGGGCGGAACUGGAGAGACGAAGUCCUACUUGGCGCUGGAUGAGAAGCUUUAUAAUUUACGCAUGAAACCCUGGUCCUCGAUCGGCGUCCCUGAGGUGCCAAGUCAUGAAGAGUACCUUAGGUCUCAUCAAUCAAUAUUAGAAUUACGCGGUCUACCUGAUUCUGAACGGAAGCAGAAACUAUUGCCACUAAUUCGUAUUGCGAGACUUCAGCUUGAGAAAGCAACCAGCUGUUGUGAAGAGCUUUGUCACAAUUUGGAGACUGAGCCCGUCUUGAGAGAGAGAACUCGAAUUGGGAACAAAUGCGAGGUUGCUUCAUGGUACAACAAUUUGAGAAAAACUUGCGAAGCUUAUAAAGCCCAACUAAGCCGUCUAGAGUCUAAAAUUCAUAUGCUGUACAAGUUAAGACGGUCGGAAGGUUGCUCGCCGUACUUUCCCAUCUACUCUCUUGUGCAACAGAACUAAAUAUCGAUGGCAUUGAUGACUGAUUCAAGUUUGUAUAUACAAUCAUGUGACCAUUGGUCCGUCUUACUUGCAAAAUGUGGGAAAAAUUAAGGCCUCAAUACCCAUUUUCAAUUUCUGUUGCCUGUGUACUUGGUUUAAUAUCUUCCGGGUGCUAUCCACUCAAUUUUAUGUCCCGAGCCUGUGCGGGUGCAAGCUUUGAAAAAGAAAUGGGGCACACGGGUAUGAGCCCUGUCUAUGGUGAAGAGAAAUCCCACGAUAUCAAGAAAAAAAGAAACUUUAUGACUCGAAAUAACCUAUAUUUUUGAGUGUUUAAGAACAUAGAGAUCAUCAGAA